UUCAGAUGUUACUCAUCCACAACUUUCCUCCUGAGAGAUCACAUCCAAUCCCCAAGUCUCACAUCCAUCUCUAAAUUCUGUGUUUUGCGUUGAUGGACAAGAUGAUCGCAAUGCUCGUGCUUCUGAUCCUCAAACCAGGAAGUGUGAGUGCUGGUUGGUCAGUGACUUUUGAAAACCCAAAUCCAUGUGCUUUAAAGGGAUCAUCGGUGCAACUCAGGUGCUCAUACAACUACAGAGAUGGGGAAACUGUUAAAAGGACUGCAUGGUACAAAGGGGAAUUAAUAAAUGGCACCUGGACACGCGUUGCGCUCUCAGACCUUCCUUCAUAUCAAAAUCGUUUUAAAUAUCUUGGCGACCAGCAGCACGACUGUGGCCUGGCAAUUGAUGACCUGCAGGAUAAUGACACUGGACAUUACUACUUCAGGUUUGAUACGCAGACGCUUGGACGGCGGAGCAAAGAAUCUGUGUAUUUGUCUGUCACAGAGCUGAGUGCCAGAGUGUACCCUGACAGGGUGAGAGCAGGAGGCACUGUGACUCUUGAAUGUAGAACAUCCUGCCAACUUCCCAACACAGUUUGGUUUAAAGAUGGGCAUCCAGUAGCCAAACCAGUGUUCCAGGCUCAAGCAGAGGAUUCUGGGAAUUAUUCAUGUGCUGUCGAAGGACAGGAGUCAGUGCUAUCUGACUCUGUGGCUCUGGAUUUUCAGUAUCCCCCGUUGAAUGUAUCUGUUGAGAUAAGUUAUCCUGGUCACCUGACAGAGGGCAGCAGUGUGAAUCUGAGCUGCAGCAGUGCUGCUAACCCUGCAGCAGACAACUACACCUGGUACUGGGCUUCUGUUUCCGGUUCCAGCUCCCUGCUCCAGGUGGGCUCAGGACAGGUGCUGUCUCUCCCCUCUGUGGAGGCGUCCCACACUGGAAUCUACAUCUGCCAGGCCAGGAACCCACUGGGGCAAUACAGAUCAACUGAGGUGCUGCUGACAGCGGGUGAUGCAGACAUUAACCGUGUCAUCAUCUUUGUUGGUAUUGGAGUCUGUAUUGGCCUGUUGCUUCUACUGGUUAUUAUCUGGGCAUGGAGUCAAAGAUGUAGUUCUGCUGUGGAUAAAGAGGAAAACAGCCAUGAUUAUGAAAACAUCCGCAUCGCCUAAAUGGGUAAAAAGCAAACAAACAGGUUUACAGAGAAGGACAUGUCUGUUGUCUCCCUCCGCCUGAGCCUGAUGACAUUUCAUUAAACCAGAUACAUGACCUGCACAAGAAUGUCUGUGCUUUGUACGCUGCUGGAGAUAUUUCCUUCUUAAUAGAGCUGUGUAGAUUGAAUUAUUACUUUAUGUUAUCACUAUUAUUAUACAUACAUUAUACAUAGAUAUACAACAUAGUUGCUGAGCAGCAAGUUCCCCAACAUGAAAAUGCAGCAACACCUCUCAUUCCAUUCUGACUCCUGUCUGUGUAAACGUCAAGUACUUCUCAUGAGAAGACAGAAGGGAAUUGUAACGUUACCCAACCUUGCAAAUGUUAGGCAACAAUACUUUCAUGAGAAAAUAGCUUAAUUUAGUAACUUAAGCUAUAAAAGUACAGUAUUGUUGCCUAACAUUUUUCAGUGGUUCACUGCUGGGAAAACAGACUGUAUCCAGAAUCAUUGUGGUCGAACCAGGAUAUACUGCCAUCUUGAGUUCAAAAUACUCAUGCAAAUGAUGUUCUUGUAAAUGAUUUGUUACCUUCAGUCCACCAAAUUAGAAAUAUUAUUUACAUUAUUAACCACAACCCUAGCUUUUAGGUUUUACGGUUAGGGUUUGUUAAGGUUUAAUUUUAAAGGGAUAUUUUACCGCUGGAAAGAUGAAUAUGUAUUAAUAUUAGUAGAGAUGUGAUU